CUCCGUGAUAUCCGUCCGCUCUUCGGGCUCCAAGGUCGCAAGUACAUCGUCACGGGCGGUGCGCAAGGCAUUGGCUUCGCGGUGGUUCGUGCAAUCGCAGAACAUGGGGGAAGUGUAGCUGUCCUCGACAUACGAGACACCCCGGAUGAUGAGUUUGAGACUCUUCAAGCUCGCUUUGGCGUCCAGACAGUCUACAUCCCGACCGAUGUCUCCAGUGAAGAUAGUCUCGUCGCAGGCUUCAACAUAGCCGUGGAAAUCCUCGGGACCAUUGACGGGGCCUUUACCAGUGCUGGAAUUGCUAUCGAAAAACCUUUCAUUGAACAGACAUGGAAGGAGGUAUCGAGAAUCCAAGAAAUCAAUGUUCUCGGCACCUUUUUCACCACCCAGUUAGUUGUCAAGCAAUUGCUCAGACAGGGGACACCGGGAAGCAUUGUACAUGUCGCCUCGAUCACCGCCCACACCGUGCUCCCCAAGCACCGAAUGGCCGGAUACAAUGCUUCCAAGGGAGCCGUGCGCAUGCUCACCGAGGCCCUUGGGGUAGAGCUGGCGCCGCAUGGCAUCCGAGUGAACUCCAUCUCCCCGGGCUUGAUCGACUCGGAGCAGUUGCGCGCGGUUCGCACCCAGAAAAGCCGGGAGGACUCUCGCAUUUAUGACGAAGGACCGCCGCUGGGGCGCAUUGGCAAUUUCAACGAUCUGACCGGCGCAGUCGUCUACCUCCUCAGUGAUGCGUCCGCCUAUACUACUGCCAGUGACAUUGCCAUCACGGGAGGGCUGCAUGUGGGGAGGAUAGAU